AUGGCAGGUCCAGACAGCUGGGGAUACAUGAAUUUGCUGGAGGAAGUGCGGGGGAAGCUGAGCAAGAACGUCAAGCUGGAGGCGAAGCAGGGCAACGUGAAGAACAGUCAGAGCAUGGGCGCGAUCGAGGCGCCCAUCGGAUGUUUUCAGGAGAAGGGGAGAACCUACAAAUUCGAUUUGGAGAAGCGCUACGGCAUGAAGAGCACGGCAGACGCACCGAUCUGGCGCUGGGUGACGCGCAACUUGACCUCGGCGACUUCGACGUGCAGGCCGAGAGCCGAUGGGGGGGCAUCUCAUCAGGCAGACUGCGGAGUAACCUACAACGGCGAGAUCCUACCAUGCGCGGAGACCGCGCUCUUCAAGGAAACGACCUCCCACGCGUGGCAGAUCGCGGCGUGGGCGCUCGAGCGCGAGGGCGAGUCGAGCUUCGUGAUGGGCGUUUGGAUCGGGAAGCACACGGAGGGCGAUGCCACUUGUUCCUGGCACCAGCAGGAGGCGGGGCCUGCGCCGCGGAACGACGCGAAGUUGCGGAAGGCGGCGGCGGCUUUGCCCUGGGGCGCGCGGAGCGCCGAGCCGCGCGAGCCGCGGCCGCGAAUGCAGCGGCCCGUGCCCGCGAUCGUCCUGGCGGCGGCGGAGCAGACGGCGAAGCAGGCAGAGGCGGAGGCGGUAGCAGCGCCGGGGGGGAUCAACAGCAGCGGGCGCCAGAGCAGGGGGCGCAACCAGCAGCUGGGGGCGGAGACGCGCGACGCCCUGAACCGGCGCGUGGAAGCGAUCUCGCUGGACGACCCGAUCGAUUGCAGCGCCUUGGGCUGCGCUGACGUGGCGGCCUACGUCGCGGCCAGCGGCCUGGGCGCAGCGGUGGGGCUCAAGGGCAUGCGCGAGGCGCUGGAGGUGCUGGCGCGCUACGGCGCGCGCAGGGACACUCCGGGGAGCGAGAGCGGGAAGUUCAAGAUGAUCGAGGCGCGCUGGGGGCCGCAGAUGCGAGGAGGGGCUUGUAAGUGGCGGUACGUGGCGCAGGAGUUCAAGUGGAUGGAGCAGCGAGGCGACGUGUUCGCAGCGAGCUUCUCAGCGCAGACGAGCCGACCGGUGGACUUCGUCGGCAUCAAGGAAGGGAACCACGGCGCGCUCAUUGCGGACUGCGUGAAGGCCUACUACCAGGCAGACGAGACGGAGAUGGUGUGUGUGGAGCCGCCUGCCGAGUACCUGGCGAUCCUGGCGGAGUUGGGGAGACCGACCGACAUUGCGUGGGCGCUGGAGAAGAUGCUGCCGGGGCAGCGCGUGGCAGGCGCUGGCUGGGUGGAUAAGGCGGCGGAGUCUUUGACACGGAAACGGCGCUACUCGCACCUGAAGCGCGACAUGCUGAGACUCAUGAGCGGGGGCGUGAUGCUGCGCCCGAACGUCAAGCGCAUCGAGGACCUGAUCUACGUGAUGGGCACGGGCAAAGCGAAGCCCGCGAAGGUGCCCAGCUCGGCGGAGGAGGGGCCGACCUGGAGUCCAGAGCUGGGCGAGAUCGAGACGGCAAAGUACCGCAGCGGCGUGGGCAUCUCGCGCUUCAUCUCUCCCGACAGAGCCAACGUCCGGAGGGGCGUGCAGCUGCUGGUAGUGGGGUACCUGAAGGGGGCGAAGACAUCCGGAGUGCUGCUCAAGAAGCCAGUGGUGGGCAUGCCUGGCGAGGUGAAGUUACAGGUGCAUGCGUGCGCGGACUUCGCGACGCGCCCGGGAGUCCAGACCGCAUCUUCAGGAGAGGCGGUGUCCUGCGUGGCGACCUCAAUGGUGAUGGGCGGUAAGCUCAUCAAGAACGCGCUGGAGUGGCUGGGUUGCAAGGUGACCUGGGGGCUGUCGACGGACAGCCGCGCCGCGAAGGCCAUGAUCAACCGCGAUGGCUUAGACCUGGCGGACAUUGCGGACUGCUCGGCGAUGGAACAGCACGAGGAGCUGGAAGCGUGCUCGGUGACAACGACCACGAGCCGGGCAAGGCAGAGCCUGCUGGCCACCUUGCUGGCGCAAGGGGCGAUUGUGGGUUCGGCGACCAACUGCGAGCUGGACAUCUACGAAAAGAAGCAGACCACCAGCCUGGUUGGAUCGGCGUUUCGCGUUCGGCGAGAACGCGCUGGCGAUCGUGAUGCCGUGCGCGCCGGCGGUAUUCAUGACUUGGCCUGGCGUGCGGAUGGCGUCGCGCAGGUGCGUGGGCCAACGCGAAAGAAGAGCAGCGAGAUGCGCGAGAUGGUGCAGGUUAAAGGAGAGGGUAACCAGGUGCAGGCCACCGACGAUAUCAAGAGGAAGAAGAAGGACGGAGGCCCGACGACAGCCGAGAAGAUGUCGCAAGCGCCGUGCACUUGCAAGUGGAUGAACGAGAGCCCGAGGUUCGUGGCGUUGCCA